AUGAAAUCUACUAUUAUACUAGAAGAAGUAGUAAAUAGAUUAGAUAAUCUCCCGUCACCCCUAGCAACCAGGAUGCCGAACAUUAAGGUUUUCAGUGGAAGUUCCCACCCGGAUUUGGCCCAAAGAAUCGUGGACCGCUUAGGGAUUGAUUUGGGUAAAGUUGUAACCAAAAAGUUUAGCAACAUGGAAACGUGCGUGGAGAUCGGCGAGUCGGUUCGCGGUGAAGAUGUGUAUAUCGUGCAAAGUGGAAGUGGUGAAAUCAACGAUAACCUUAUGGAGUUGUUGAUUAUGAUCAACGCAUGUAAAAUCGCAUCCGCGUCCCGGGUAACCGCUGUCAUACCGUGUUUUCCUUACGCCAGACAGGACAAAAAGGAUAAAAGCCGAGCUCCCAUAACGGCCAAACUUGUGGCCAACAUAUUGUCAGUGUCUGGCGCUGAUCAUAUCAUUACUAUGGACCUACACGCGUCGCAAAUUCAAGGAUUCUUCGAUAUUCCCGUAGACAACCUAUUUGCAGAACCCGCGGUUCUAAAAUGGAUAAAGGAGAACAUUCCUGACUGGAAGACGAGCAUUGUGGUUUCUCCAGAUGCCGGUGGUGCCAAAAGAGUGACAUCAAUUGCUGAUCGACUGAAUGUCGAAUUUGCCCUUAUUCAUAAAGAACGGAAAAAAGCUAAUGAAGUCGCGUCUAUGGUUCUUGUUGGUGAUGUUAAAGACCGUACAGCUAUUUUGGUUGACGACAUGGCAGAUACCUGUGGAACAAUCUGCCACGCUGCUGAAAAGUUGAUAGAGGCUGGUGCAGUUAAAGUAUAUGCAAUUCUAACUCAUGGAAUUUUCUCUGGUCCAGCUAUUUCGAGGAUUAAUAAUGCAUGUUUGGAAGCAGUGGUGGUCACAAACACAAUACCCCAAGAGAGACAUAUGCAAGACUGCCCCAAGAUUCAAUGUAUUGAUGUAUCUAUGAUGUUGGCAGAGGCUGUUCGACGCACACACAACGGGGAGUCUGUGUCAUACUUGUUCUCUAAUGUUCCAUAUUAG